AUGUGGGCUGCUUUAUUAUUGUUACUGUCACUGCUGGUACUAUGUAGGUUAUCACUGUUAGCAGAUGCAACGGCUGGUCUAGUUCAUCGACGAUUCGAAUAUAAGCACAGCUUCCGUGCACCAGACUUAUCACAACGCGAUGGUUCGAUACCGUUCUGGACGAUGAGCGGAGAUGCUGUGGCAUCCAAGGAACAGCUUCGGCUGGCUCCCUCAAUGAGGAGUCGCAGAGGGCUUGCGUGGAACAAGCGUUUUAUGGGCGAAUCGGAGCAUUUCGAAAUUCAAAUGGCUUUCCGUGUAACAGGCCAGGGUCGUAUCGGUGCUGAUGGGAUUGGUGUUUGGUAUACAGCUCAUCAACCUACACUUGGUCCUGUAAGUCGUCUUCAGGUAAAAACUCUCGAACUGACAAAUGUGCGUUAUUCGUUUGCACUUCUAACUACUUGUUUCUUUGAUAUAAUUCUUGAAUUGUUUUCGGUGUUUGGUGCGAAUGAUUAUUGGACAGGAAUGGGACUGUUCCUCGAUUCGUUUGAUAACGAUGCUCAGAAAAAUAACCCUUUCAUAGCGCUAAUGAUUAACGAUGGCACAAGGCAGUACGAUCAUCAGACCGAUGGCUCGCAG